UUGCCAUGUGACCGCGUACACAUUGUUUACAAAUGGCAGCAGUUUCACUGUGUACGCUGUACCUUUAACUGCCAUUUGGAAUAACGAUUUCGUUAUUGCUUUGGUUUAUUGAACAACAGCCAAACACGUCUCUGGAGAUGUAGAUGGAGGUGAGCGAGAAACUGCAAGAGCUGACAUUGAACCAGAAAUGAUGCUGGUCCAAAGCAUCCAGUCACCAAAAACUCCUCUAGCCAAUUUUGUUAUUGGAGGUAGCACUAGCAAUGUGCUAGAUGGCAAGACAGACCACAGUGAAUUAGUGGACUAUAGUAGGGCAAAGACAGCUGGGAGCAGGGGAAGCAGCACCCCUGGAAGUGCCAAGCUCCUUUUAAAGAUCAGCCAUAGUCAGGGAAACAUCAGUUCACCCCUACACCCUGAGAACCAUAAUGAGUUUGGUGCACUGUCAUCAAACACACUGCAGGUCACAACAAGGACUGCAGCAUUACAACCUGGAAAUCUUGGUGAAUUAAGUUCACAGACUACAUCUGCCCUGCAUCUCACAGCAGGUAAUUCUGUGCUUGGACAUGCAGGUAUCACAGGGGCUGCUACGCUGCAGCAUACAACUUCCUAUGAUCCCAGGUUGGGAGCAACAGAUGUGUUACCUAGCAUUAACUCCUGUCGUGUCGGCUCAGGGAAAUCUGUUUCUUCUGUACACAGCAUACGUCUGGAUGCAGCAGACAUACUGAGAUCUGCAGGGUGCUCUAGUGGGACACCAACCAUGAGGGUCCCCAGUGCCACCCUAAGACUCAAGUCUCUAUUGUGCAAUGCUCAGACUAAAACUAGGCCAGUAUCCAGUCAUUUCUCCAUAACACACGUUGAUGUCCCCAAAGCAUCAAACCUGUUACGGAAACUCAGGGUUGAUAGUGAUACUGACAGCACCCUGGGUACAGGGGGAUACUUACAGGAUGAAAUACAAGUGGCAAAGACUGUGCUGCAGAGGGAGGACUCAGGGUACAGUGAGCCCCUCUCUAAUAGAUCUGCUGACACUGAGGAAAAUGUAUCCAGGACUGGAUCUCGCAAGUCAAGACCCAAGUCUAGGAGGAAGAAAAGGAGAGAAAAAAGUUCCAGGGUGCGCCAAGGUCUAAAAGUGAUAGGCAACAAAGCUCCCACGAAGCUCAACCAGAUCAAGUUUUCACCUCGAAACUCUGAGACAAUAAAUACCAAUAACAACAGGGCAGUACCCAGUCCCAGGGGCCCUAAAAGGGAAAACACAAUGAACUUCCAAGUGUACUGCAAGCCUAUACAGACACUCCCCCCUUCAUACAGGCCCCCUAAGCCUGAGAAGCCAGCUGUGAUCAGGCAGUCUGAUAUAAAGAGUCAGAAUCUCUUAACUCUUGGUCAUGCUAAUACUGUAUAUACAUCUACAGGUGGUUCCAGUACUCUGAGCUUUAGUUUAAGUAAAAGCUGGGGUUCUAUGCAGUCUGGCAACACACCAGCAGGCUCACCAAGGAGGAGUGUUAAUGAGAACCAGCUGAACAAAGUGGUGAAAAUUUACCUGUCUGAGAAACAGAGUGAGAAUAUUGUUGAGGCUGGGGGUGUGGUUCCCUGUGCCCCGCCUGCUUCUCCAACUCCAGAGCAUCUGCUCUCUCACAAGUAUGUACCUAGCAUGAGUGACAAUGUUGCACAGAGAGCAAUGAAAGGACGUCUUGAAGUUUUAGAGAAAAAACAGAAGAAAAAAGAGCUCCAGAAAGAAGUCGAGAAAGACAAAAUGAUGAAACAGCUCUUGAAGGAACAAGAAAAAGAAAAACGGAAGAAGCAGAGACAGGAGAUAUAUGCAUUGAACAAAGUGAUGACCAAUUUGGAGUUCAGUAACUUCCUAGCAUUCUGCAAAUUAAAGGGAAUCAAUAUUGAGACAGAGGAUACAGACUCAGAGAAAAAACAUUCUGGCAAACGUCGGAAGAAAUCGGCCAAAAAAUCAAAAUCCUCAGACCGGGGAACUGAUCUGCCCCUGUCUUCACUUGUGGAUGGCUAGAGAAACAGUCCAAGCUCAACUGGUGCUACCUCUUUAAAAAUCCACCCCACCCUCCACACAUGUACAAAAUACUACAUUGUCAGUGAGUGUUCACACACCAUGCAUUUAUACACAUGAAUCCAAACAUACUCAUACACAAAAGCACAUACACAUGGUCACAUGCUCAAGUUUCUACAGUAUGUUAUAUGUUGCAUAUGUGCAAGCAUAUAUAUUGACUGAUAAAUUGGGGAAACUUAGUACAUAAAUAAUAACAAUAAUUAUGGUCUGUGGAUUUUGUUUUCAUGUUGAAAUUGCAUACGUCUGUGAUAACCAGUAAUUAAUGGUAAUUAAUGCAGCAAUAUACUUUCCAUUGUAUAGUGAUUUACCAUGUUUUAUAAAGGUGUGUUAAUAGUUUCCUCUGUGAUGGUAAUCCAGACUUCCACACAAUGACAACUUUUAUCUGUUAUUAUAUAGAUAAAGUGCCAAAACAUUUAGAAUGGGUGGAAACAUUGUUUAGUAACGUAUAUAUUAGUAUCAUGAAGUCAUGCAGAUUUGUUUUUAUUGUAAAAAAAUAUUUUCCAAUAAUUAAACAUGUACAUACACACACACACACAUGCACAUGCACACACACACACACACACACACACAUAGAGGAAAUGUAGACCAUUGGAAGGCACUUUUAAAAUGUCUUCCAAGAAAUUAGAGGUAGGCAUAUAUCAGGUCCUAGUAUGAUAUCAUGACAGGAACAAGACAAUAAUGGUUUACUUCUUCUUCAUCGUGGCAAAAGUUGCAGAAUAGGUAUGUACUUUUAGAUGCUUCCUUAAUGGUCUUUCAAGGAUAUGUUUAUCAGUAGAUUUUUUAUUUUGCUAAUGGUCUGAUUAU